UGUUCCAACCAUAAAUUAAAUUGAAAUGUUUGUCAGUUUUUUAUUUUUUAAAUUAUUAAAAUAACUAAGUUUUAUAUUUCGACUUAAUUAAAUAUGCAAUUACUUAGCUAAUAGUAUAUAUAAUAAAUUGUUUCUACAGGUUCAAAAUGAAAAAUGAAUAUUUAGAAAUAUUUAAUUACGACAAUGCUAUUUGUGUUAGCAUCAGUGGCUUGUUACUCAACGACUUUGCUAGUACUUUUUGAAACAUAAAGUUAGUUUUCAAUUAACACUUAUACUAGAGGCGGAAUUAUAAAUGCAAAAUAAUUGAUAAUACUAAUUUAUAAGUACCUAAUUAUUAGUAUCUUCAAAAAUAUAUUUAUACAAAAAUCACGAUAAUCAUGAAAAUGGGGAAAUCCUAUAUUCUCGAAUCAAUUCACAAUUUAUUUUGUAUAUUAAUUAGAUUCCGGGCUCAUCAGUACGUACUCACUGGCGACAUCGAGAAAAUGUAUCGGCAAUUCCUCGUACGACCAGAGGAUCGGAAAUAUCAAAGGAUAUUAUGGCGCAGCGCGAGUGGAGAAACAGAAACAUAUGAGCUUAACACCGUAAUACUCUUAUCAUAGAAAUAGAAGCAGUCCUCAAUUCCCGCCCGCUAACUCCUAUCUCCACCGAUCCAAAUGAUCUCCUAGCCCUCACUCCCGGACAUUUCCUCAUUGGCGAUUCAUUAAUGUGCUUACGUGAUCGAGAUUUCAGAGACAUUCCAUCGAACCGACUCUCCAAAUGGCAGCAUAUCCAACAGCUUAAACAACAUUUUUGGAACCGCUGGCAUAAGGAGUAUUUGAACGAGCUAACCAACCGCAAUAAAUGGAGCAAGGGUGGACACAGCAUCCAAAAGGGCACAAUCGUCAUCCUCAGAGAGGACAACGUUCCCUCCAUGCAUUGGCCUCUGGGCCGAGUUAUCAAGGUUCAUCCAGGCGCCGAUGGUGUCAUCCGGACAGCUACAGUUCAGACGGCAAAGAGCAUUUUGGAUCGGGGCGUCAAAAGGCUUGUCCCACUGCCAAUUCAACCCGAUCUCGAGAAACCCGAACAACUAGCCACCGAGCCGAAAUAAGAUGGGAACUUCAACCACACCUCGCUAGUUUGAUCGGUACCCUCUCAACGGGGGGAGAAUGUUACGCCAUGCGGCUUACCAUAGGUCAUAUUCUUAACUAUCGAUCGCGGCACUAUAAUGUCGCAGACGGAUCGUCGCGUCUGCCCGGCAAACAAACAUUGUAGUGGCAAGCGCAUGGUUCAUUAAGCAGGGCGACUUCCAGAAACGUCGACUCGUGGCCCGUAUUUUACCUCGCAGUAAAAGAAUGUGGCGUGAUCCGAACGUAGUGGGGGUCGCCUUCCAGAAAAAACGAAAAAAAUCGAAAGGCGUUCAGAACUUUUCGAGAAGUCGAACCGUCAACACAUGUGAAUGUACCACACCGGACAAUCAAGAAGGCAGGUGCCUUGACUACAGAAAAUGUAAACCUCUGCAAGAAAUAUGGCAGAUACAGUACCGUACAGCCACCGAUUUUUAUAGACGAUCAGUGUGCAGAUACCAGGGCAAUGUUACGAUCGUUUGCUGUCCGAACGAUCCAAACAAAGAGAAGAGAGAAAUUUUAAUAAAAACUGUGUAUAAGUAUAAGGCUUUGCGACCACCAUACUGUGGUUUUAGCAACGUCUCUCAUACCAGGGUGGUCGAUGGUAAACCAGCUGAACUUGGCGCUUGGCCAUGGAUCGCUGCAUUAGGUUUUCGUAAUCCCCGAAACCCAGACAAACCACUAUGGAAGUGCGGAGGUUCCCUGAUAUCGGCUAGGCAUGUUUUGACCGCAGCACAUUGUGCACAUAUGGAUGGGAUAGAAAACAUACACAAUCAUAAUAUUGCCAUUCUUAGAUUGGUGGAGGAGGUGCCAUUUUCGAGGUACGUAUAUCCCAUUUGUACGAAAGAGCAACUUCGUCGGCUAUAACCCCCUUGUUGCUGGAUGGGGAGCGUUAAGAUAUAGACGACCACGACCUAAUGCAUUAAUGGAAGUACAAAUGCCAGUGAUUGAGAACGCCGAAUGCAAAAUAGCUUAUUCCAAAUUUCCUAAUGCACCUGAUAUCACUGAUGGUAUAAUAUGCGCCGAACAUGCUCAGGGUGGAGAGGAUUCUUGUACGGUAAUUAAGUUACAGAGUUACUACAAACUAUACGGUAUCUGAAGACACGUCGAUUCGAAUUAACAUCAAAUCGACGUCUUAAACAUUAAAAAUAAUAGAUAAACACAAUUUAAUAGUUUUGCCCACUUCUCACACCUCGUUAUGGUAUUUAAUCUAAUUUCCUUCUAAUCUUAGUUUUGCUCAAAAUACAUAUAACAUGUACGUUAUAAAUUGGAGUAUUUCAAUACACAAAUCAAUAGAAGAUUAUUACUGUAUAUAAGUAUAAUUUCAAUGCAAUUCGAUCGAUAUAUUUCAGUAUCUUUGAUUAAAAAUUUAACGAUCCUUUCAGGCCGACCGUGGCGGGCCACUGCUGAUACAACAUGAAUUAACCUCGUAUUUAAUAGGUAUUGUGUCUUAUGCUUAUAAGUGCGGCACAGCUGGGUAUCCCAGCGUUUACACUAGGGUCACAUCGUACCUUGACUUCAUUCUCCAAGCGAUGCAAUAAUAUGAUAUUACUGUUCCAUAAAUAUCAUUGUGUAAAAAACGUAAAGUUGGAUUUUCUUAUUGUGGAGAUAAGAAACAGCUCAAAUUUACAUUGUUUUGUACGUUACAAAUUAUAGGCUUAAAAUGUACGAAAUGUAACUUUGAAACGACACUAAUUUUUUACGCACGAUAAACCUCCACGACUUAGAUUAUAGAUUCCUAUACGACUCUCAGUAAAAAUUUAUCCGCACUCCAGAUAGUUAAAACUUCUGUCGACCGUAUUGAUCCAUCUGCACUCUUCGUAUGACGUCAAUAUCUGUUCAGUGCUGCUGCGCAGGUUUCUUUGUGUUACGUCAAUUCGUUUGUGACCGUUGCGCGAGUAAUGGCGCUUUGCAAUGGUGAUUUGCAGGAAAACAGUGCAGGAUGCUGUGAUUCGUUUCUUGUGGUCGGAGGUUAUGUUUGAUGCCUAUAUUUAUCAAAGAUUUAAUGCACAUUAUGGAGAAAGUGUUUUGUCACGAAGUGUGUUUGAAUGGGCACAAAAGUUCAAAGAAGAUCGCACAAGUGUUAUGAAAAAACAGCUGGACGCCCGUCCACAUCCACGAUGACAACAUUGAACGUGCUCAUGAACUUAUGCUCUAUGGAAUAGACGAGUGACACUGGAUAAUGUGGCAAAUCAUUUGCAAAUCAGCCACGGCUCUGCUUAUGCAAUAGU